GUCACGGAAGUCAGGCUGGCAGCAACAGCCGGAAGCAGCGGACAGCCACAUCAUCGCCCGUAGUCAGCGGCAGUUGGAAGCAGGCAAAAAGCCAGCUCGGCCCGGCAAUUCCCCAAACUCUUCUUCUGCUUCUUCCCAGUGUUUUUCCCUCCUCUCCUCUCCUCUCCUCUCUUCUCUUCCUCAGCUUUCCUCGUUUUCCUGCGUCUUCCCUCCUCCCUCUUUUAUCUCGUUUCCUUUUUUGUUCCAGAGAGUGUGAACUCUCUGAUGACUCCCGUUUUUGCGCAGGUGUCACGGCAGCUCUAGUCGGCACCUGUAUUUUGGCCUACCUGUUUUGUGUCGAGUUACCGAGUCGGAAACAAGGCAUUGAAACUCUCCGCUCCUCCGUCAAGGCAACUCCAGUUUUUGAUCCACAACAACAAUCCAAACAGUAAUCGCAAUGCUUAGAGCUACAACCGUCAAGGCCACCGGCAGCGGCUUGCUGCGCGGUUCGGUCCGCUCAGCCUCUAGGCGGUCUAUCUCUCUUGCCUCCACUGCUUCUUCCAACAGCCGUUCCAACUUGAACUUGACCACCCGCAGACCUCUCGCUGUUGCUGAACGCGUGUUCAAUGAUAAGAGGCGCUAUGCCGUGGCUUCCCAGGAGACGGAAAAGGGAGUGGAUCCCAACGAUUCCUUCCUCCAGGGCAACACAGCCAACUACAUCGAUGAGAUGUACCUCGCUUGGAAGAAAGACCCGUCCAGCGUUCAUGUUUCGUGGCAGGCCUACUUCAAGAACAUGGAGGAAGGCAAGAUGCCCGUCUCAAAGGCAUUCCAGCCUCCCCCAACCCUUGUUCCUACACCCGCCGGUGGUGUUCCUUCUGAGAUGCCCGGCGCAGGAUUGGCCUUGGCCUCUGGUACGGAUCUUACCGAUCACAUGAAGGUCCAGCUUCUCGUUCGCGCUUACCAGGCCCGUGGUCACCACAAGGCCAAGAUCGAUCCUUUGGGCAUCCGCGGUGAAGUUGAGGCUUUCGGAUACCACAAGCCCAAGGAGCUUGAGCUGGACCAUUAUGGAUUCACCGAGGCAGACUUGGACAAGGAGUUCUCCCUCGGUCCCGGUAUCUUGCCGCGCUUCGCUACCGCAACCCGUACCACCAUGACGCUGCGCGACAUCAUUGCCGCUUGCGAGAAGAUCUACUGUGGAUCCUACGGUGUGGAAUACAUUCACAUUCCGGACCGCAAGCCGUGCGAAUGGAUCCGCGAUCGCUUCGAGAUCCCUCAGCCUUAUCGUUACUCCGUGGAUGAGAAGCGUCGUAUCCUCGAUCGCCUGAUCUGGAGUUCCAGCUUCGAAUCCUUCCUGUCGACUAAGUUCCCCAACGACAAGCGUUUCGGUCUGGAGGGCUGUGAAACCCUGGUACCGGGUAUGAAGGCCUUGAUUGACCGCAGCGUCGAGCACGGUAUCAAGGACAUCGUCAUCGGUAUGCCUCAUCGUGGUCGUCUCAACGUUCUGUCCAACGUCGUCCGCAAGCCGAAUGAGUCUAUCUUCAGUGAGUUCUCUGGCACUGCUGAGCCUUCUGACGAAGGUUCCGGUGAUGUCAAGUACCACUUGGGCAUGAACUUUGAGCGUCCCACUCCCUCCGGCAAGCGGGUUCAGCUGUCCCUGGUUGCCAACCCGUCCCAUCUGGAAGCCGAGGACCCGGUCGUGCUCGGAAAGGCCCGCUCGAUCCAGCACUAUAAUAAUGACGAGAGUGACUUCAACACCGCCAUGGGUGUGCUGCUGCACGGUGACGCUGCCUUUUCCGCCCAGGGCGUCGUCUACGAGACGAUGGGUUUCAACUCCCUCCCGGCCUACUCUACCGGAGGUACUAUCCACCUGAUUGUGAACAACCAGAUCGGUUUCACGACUGACCCGCGAUUUGCUCGUUCUACUCCUUAUUGCUCCGACAUUGCCAAGUCGAUCAAUGCCCCUGUUUUCCACGUCAAUGCGGACGAUGUGGAAGCUCUGAACUAUGUCUGCCAGGUCGCCGCUGAUUGGCGCGCAGAAUUCAAGCACGACGUUGUCAUCGACAUUGUCUGCUACCGCAAACAGGGCCACAAUGAAACCGAUCAGCCUUCGUUCACCCAGCCUCUGAUGUACAAGCGCAUUGCAUCCCAGAAAUCCCAGCUCGACAAGUAUGUUGAGAAACUUAUCGCCGAGGAUUCUAUCAGCAAGGAAGACAUCGACGAGCACAAAAAGUGGGUCUGGGGUAUGUUGAACGACAGCUUCGAUCGCCGCACGGACUACCAGCCUACGGGUAAGGAGUGGCUCACUUCCGCAUGGAAUGGCUUCAAGACCCCCAAGGAGCUGGCUACUGAGGUCCUGCCUCAUAAUCCUACCGGAGUCCAGGAGGAUCUGCUGAAGCAUAUUGCCCAUGUGACCAGUGCGGCUCCUGAGGGCUUUACGCUUCACAAGAAUCUCAAGCGUAUUCUGAACAACCGCAAGAAGGCUGUUGACGAAGGCAAGGGUAUUGACUGGUCAACUGGUGAAGCGCUUGCUUUUGGCUCUCUCGUUGCUGAGGGAUACCAUGUCCGCGUCUCCGGUCAGGAUGUUGAGCGUGGUACUUUCUCGCAGCGUCACGCUGUGCUCCACGACCAGCAGAACGAGAAUACGUACACACCCCUCCAGCACAUUGACCCUAAUCAAGCCAGUUUCACCAUCUCCAACUCUUCUCUGAGCGAAUAUGGAGUCCUCGGAUUCGAGUACGGUUACUCCCUGACCUCGCCCAACGCGCUUGUCAUGUGGGAAGCGCAGUUUGGUGACUUCGCCAACAACGCCCAAUGCAUCAUUGACCAGUUCAUCGCUUCCGGUGAAUCCAAGUGGCUCCAGCGAUCUGGAUUGGUCGUGUCUCUCCCUCAUGGUUACGAUGGCCAGGGUCCGGAGCACUCCUCUGGUAGGAUGGAACGCUGGCUGCAGCUCUGCAAUGAGGAGCCUCGUGUAUUCCCACCGGAGGACAAGAUCGACCGCCAGCAUCAGGACUGCAACAUGCAGAUCGCCUGUAUGACCGAACCCUCGAACUUGUUCCAUAUCUUGCGUCGCCAGAUUCACCGCCAGUUCCGCAAGCCUCUCGUCAUUUUCUUCUCGAAAUCGCUCCUGCGUCAUCCUCUUGCUCGUUCCUCUCUUUCUGAAUUCACCGGUGAUUCUCACUUCCGCUGGAUCAUCCCUGACCCAGACCACGGAAAGACCAUCGAUGAACCGGAGAAGAUUGAGCGUGUGAUCAUUUGCUCUGGCCAGGUUUACGCUGCACUUGUGAAACACCGUGAGGCUAACAACAUUCGCAACGCGGCCAUUACCCGUGUUGAGCAGCUGCACCCCUUCCCUUGGGCGCAGCUCAAGGAGAACCUGGACAGCUACCCCAAUGCCAAGAACAUUGUCUGGGCCCAGGAAGAACCUUUGAACGCGGGCGCCUGGAGUUACACUCAGCCACGUAUUGAGACCCUGCUGAACGAGACUAAGCACCACAACCGCCGCCACGUUCUGUAUGCUGGCCGUGCUCCAAGUGCAUCUGUGGCCACGGGUCUGAAGGCUGUUCACUUGAAGGAAGAGGAAGAACUCCUUCAAGAUGCAUUCAGUGUUAGCCAGGACUGCUUGAAGGGCGAGUAGAUUUGCUCUACUUUCCGCUCUUUUACUUUUUCUUCUUGCGUCAGUAUUCUUGGGAGAAGCCUAGGCCAAAUGGAUUGUUCAUUCUAGAUGGUUGUUGCAUUCAAUUCUUGUGAGGCUAGCGUCGUAACAUCCACAUUUCUUUUGUGCCAUCUAUUUUCUAUGGAUUUCGUGAUUCUAUAUUUUUCCUAUUAUCUGAUGUACAAUGUUAGAUUGCUAUGGUCUUCACUGCUACAGGUCGGCUUCCGAAGUUCCUCACUUCGCCGAUCAUUUUCGUUGGAAGUGGCUGCGUUUGCUGUGGCUCGCCGUUAUAAAGGACAGUGUAUAUUACUAUUACCUAGAUUGAAUGAUGGAAUUGGCAGCACUGGGGUCUCCAUAUGUAGAUAUACAGCCUAAUUACAG